GGAAGAUGCAGAAGUUUCUUGUUGGUGUCACCUCCAGCACCAAGUAAAAGCUGGUUGACAGAGAAAAGGAGGUUCUGGAGAUCAUAAAGGUGGGCAAUGGUGUUGGCUCCUCUAACUCCUUUCUCCUUUUCUCUUAGCUCUUACCUCCCCUUCUUUGCUCCCUCACCUCUAGGCCUUUGUGCAUUGUCUCCUUCCUCUCCUGUUCUUGAGGGAUGGAGGCUGGUGAACCAAAUGUAGUGGAGAGUAGUGGUAGUGGGAGCACAGGGAAGUUUAGGAGGAUAUGUGUCUUCUGUGGGAGUAGGUCAGGAAACAGGCCAUCUUUCAGCCAAGCAGCUCUUGAUCUUGGCAAGCAACUGGUAGAGAGAAAAAUAGACCUCGUUUACGGUGGUGGAAGUGCCGGCCUGAUGGGUCUGGUAUCCAAGACUGUCUUCGAUGGUGGCUGCCAUGUCCUUGGUGUUGUUCCCACAGCUCUCUUGCCAAAUGAGGUAUCAGGUGAAACCAUUGGAGAUCUGAUCAAAGUUGCAGACAUGCAUGAGAGGAAAUCAGAAAUGGCCAAAUGUGCUGAUGCCUUCAUAGCCCUUCCAGGUGGUUAUGGAACCAUGGAAGAGCUCUUGGAGAUAAUAGCUCAUUCUCAACUUGGAAUCCAUCACAAGCCUGUGGGUUUGCUCAACGUGGAUGGGUACUAUGACAGCUUGCUCGCCCUCUUCGACAAAGGAGUGGAGCAAGGGUUCAUCGAGGACUCUGCGAGGCACAUUGUUGCAUCGGCAGAAAGUGCAGAGGAGCUUCUGAGGAAAAUGGAGGUGGGUGGGAGGAGAGGAGAGGAUGGAGAGAGCGCAGAGCCACAAGAUCACGUGCCGUCCAUCUGCGGGCCCCGCGGCGAGCUGGCCACCCCACGUGUCCGUGCCCUCCUCCGUAAGACACGUGGUGACGACGACGCCGACAGUGCCGUGUUCCCCCAAGCAGCCGAGCCGCCGCCCUCUGACCGCGACGCCGGCGGCCUCUCGUGCGCCGCCAAUCCCGACUCCCAUACCAGCCACGUGUCCCCCGCUACUCCACGCCGCCGGCCUCUCGCCGGCGGAGGAGCGACGCGAGGAGUGGAGUGGUUGCCGCGUAGGCGUCCGCCCGCCCGUUCGCUAACACGGGCGUAA